AUGUCGACUGGACACCGCGAUCAUCUGAAGCGAAAGACUGCACCAAAGUCAUGGAUGCUGGACAAGCAGGGAGGGACGUUUGCGCUGAUGCCUGCCAGUGGGCCGCACAGGAAGACGGAAUGCAUCCCCCUUGGAUAUCUGAUUUCAAGAUUCCUUAAGUAUGCAAGUAACUCCAAGGAGCUUGCAAUUAUCCUGAAGGGAAAGAAUAUCAAGGUGAACGGAAAGGCUAGAACAAACUCACACUUCCCUGUUGGGCUGUUUGACGUGAUAUCUAUUGAGAAGACUGGGGAGCACUUCAGGGUCCUAUACAACGUGCAGAAGAAGUUCCAUCUCCACAGGAUAAACUCUGAGGAGGCGAAGUACCGCCUGGCAAAGGUUACAAAGAAGUACAAAUACCAGGGGAUCCCUUAUGUUGUUUCCAGCUGCGGGCUGAGCAUUCGCUUCUGUGAUCCAGCCAUCGAGCAGGAAUACACGAUAAAGAUCUCGAAUGAGACAUCCAAAGUGAUUGAGUAUAUUGCGCCUGGUGUCGACAAGAUUGUGUUUGUGUCAAGGGGAAAGGCUAGAGGACGCAUUGGAAUUAUAAAUACAAUUGAAGUUCAAGGAAAGGACACGGUUUAUGUUAUGACUGACUUUGCAGGGAACACGUUUUCCUGUACAAGCAAGAGCUGCAUAAUAAUUGGAGAGUCUUCCGAGAAUAUCUUGAUAACUCUUCCAAGCGAAAAGGGGAUAAGGCUUUCUGAGCUCGAGAAGAUCAAUGCUCAGCUAGGAGAAAUGAUUGAUACAUCAGCAAACGAAGUUACCGAAUAA